AUGAAAUAUGAAUAUUCCAAUAAUCAACAUCUAUCUGAAAAUGAGAUCAAAACGGAAACAAUCGUUUAUCCGUAUAAUCAUUUAUAUAGAAAUGUCAAUAAUAAUAAUAAUCAUCUCCAAAAAAUUUUUAUUCAAUUAUCGCAAAUUAGUGGAUUACUUUCCUAUUGUUUUUCAUUAAUAUAUCACGACAUUGUAAAUAAAAUCGAUUUUGAUAUGAAAAUGUUUAGUCAAACAUUUAAAAAAUCGGAUAUCCCAGAGGAAUGGGUGGAUAUUAGGAAAGAUGAAGCGAGCAUUAGUAAAUUUAGAUUGCUUUUUGCAAAAAGUAAAAUUUCACACAAUACUGACCUUUGUGAGAUUAUUAAAGAGUUAAAAGAAAGUGAAAUUGCUAAAGAUAAAUUCAUUUUGAAACCAGAAGUUCAAAAGUUAGUUGACAAAUUUUUUAAUUUUGUAGUUGUUCUACCAUUACUGAGAGACGAGGAGAAUGAGAAUUACAAGUUUCUAAGAAAACUUUAUCAAGAUGUUUAUCUGGCAUUUCUCAAGGAACAUGGUUUGGGAAAGAACAGACUUGGAAGUUUGAAUAGAGACUGGUUCAACGAGAUGGUCAACCAAAUAGUACGAGACCACAUGAAGAAUCAAUCCAAUUUGAAUCUGUUGAAUAUCGAAAGGAUAAGUAAACACAUUAUGGAGCUGAAUGGUUUUGGUCCGAUCGUAACAUCCAUCAAGAAGUACCUUCUUGCAAAGCCAGAGGAAACCGUAGACUCGGCCUUGAGAGAGCCUUCAAUUUUAAUAUGGUUACGACAACAUGACGCCACAAUCACCAAAGAAUCGUUCGACCGAUUCAAAUCUUUCAAAAAUGAUUUUGAAACAUACUUGGUGCCAGUGACAAAAUCUAGUGAAACGAAUUGUACGAGUGCAUUGGAAUUCAUUCAAUCUAUUCUGAAUCAUCCAACUAUUAUUUUGCACAAUCAAAGAGUACUUCAAAAUAUGGAGGAGAAGAAGAAGAAGAAAGAGAAAGAGAAAGAGAAAGAGAAAGAGAAAGAGAAAGAGAAAGAGAAAGAGAAAGAGGAAGAGGAGGAGAAGAAGAAUCAACACAAUAAAGUCAAUUGGAAUCAACACACAAUUAAUCAAUUUCAAAAUAUUGAAAAAGAAUUUGGAAAAUAUCACAAUGAAGACAAUUAUAAAACUGAAUCUCAAGCAUGGAUCAACUCAAUCAAACAACCAACUUCACCAAUUCCACUCAAAAAUAAUAAUUCGCGAUGGAUAAAAGCCAAUGACAACUACAACAAACUAAUCAUAAUAAAUGAAUUUAUACCAAAGUUUAAAUUGGCACCACGCAACUUUAUUUUAUCUACAAAGUUUCUCCAACAGUUUCUUCAACAAUUCUAUAACGGUUCCGAUUUCAAUCAAGAAGGAAGUUAUCUGGAUCAUCUGUCAUUGUUAAUCAACAUACCGGAACAGUUCAAACAAAAUUUUUAUACGUUUAAACAUCCUCUUACCGUUUGUCAAUUCAAUUUGGAUCGUGUAUCACAUUGUGGACACGUGCCACCAGUAGAUUCAGUCGACCACACCAAUGCACACACAAUAUGUAUGUUUGCAGCAUCCAACAAUUUAACUCUAACUGUCCCGAAGCAAAAGAAAGUUGGUGCUAUGCUUUGCCCUGAGCACUCUACACUCUCUAAGAAGUGCAAGCUAAGUAAAUGUGGGAGCCGCUGCAUUUCUAAAUUCAAGGAGUCGGAAUGGCGUAUCCAGAGUAUACGAUGUGGAUCACUGGAUUCCGAACCUCAUAUUGAAAAGAAGAACCAAUGGAUUAGAGACCUAUCAAAGCCAAAUUCAAUCAUAGAGGUUACGUCUCAAAAACAAACGUCUAUCAUUUGGACAUCAACCAACGCUUCAACCGCCUCUGUGAAACCCAACCAAGAACAUUUCAAUUCACCAUUUUUUGUUGGCUGUGAUAUAAACUAUCAAGGAAUGGAAUCAAUUCCACCGAAUUGUGAUAUAGGUGUCAUAUUCAGCGAUCCAACCAGUAAAUGGCAUGUUGGACUUACCGCAGAUGACACUGAUUUCAAUCCAUCUUUUAAAAAGCUCGGUAAAAUUAUUAAUACGGUGUUUAAAGAUAAAAAGGUGCUUCCAAAACUCUUUAUAACCAAUAGUUACUCCUCUACAAAUUAUUCACCUUUUGGAAUUCCGGAGCAAUCACUACCUCAUAUAUUGGCAUGGUUGGAUCAGAUAAUUGAAGGGAACCACAAAGUGAUUAUAUUGGCAGAUUGGGAAUCUCAGAGCUUCAUCUUACAUCUUUUCUCGGGCAAGCCAAUUCAAAAUUCACUCUAUAACAUCUCAAAUCAGAACUCUGGUAAUAUCGAAUCCUACAUCCUUUACCACUCUGGACGACCAACAACAUUGUUCAUAUUUGCCAACCAUCCGACCCCAGGAGUUAUGAAGCCUGAGUUGGAAUUGGCAAGCAGACUAUUGGCGCAGUAUGAUGGAGAUUCCAAACAUUUCAUACUAGAUCCAGCCAAGGAAAAGAAACUGAAUUUUAAAACCAAACCAUCGGAUGCUACCAACACAGUCAGUUACGAUUAUGAUGGUAAUAUUAAUUAG